UGUUUGGUACUACCCCUAAAACGUUUUCCUUGAAUAUACUCGUUGGCGGCAGGUAGCAGCACUGCCGCUCUCCUCCAAACUUCAACCAACAGCACUUCUUCCUUCUUACAUCUUCCUUGGUCUAGCUUGGUCUAUCCUUGUCGGAUCCGCGGGAUUCGGCUCCAGUAAUUGGAUCCCGCCCAGCCGUAGUGUGCGGGCGGCCGUGGUGUUGCGAGGAGGCUGACCCAGCGGGGUGCAAUAUCAGAACACUAGUGAAAGUGAAUGUACCUUCAUUGUAACUUUAUUAACACGAGGAGGAAUACCAUGAACAAAACUGUAUUUUCUCCAUCGAUUACCAGUGUAAACUAUUGAUUCCGUUAGGCUUGGACAGGAAACAUGACCAAGUGUAAACACUAACAUUAGGCGUGUACUGUCCCUUCUGCCCAGGCCGUGAUGUGAACGAGUGUAUGUAGUACCGGUGGAGGCUUGGUGUAGAACAUAAUGAGGGUGGUCACUCAAAAGGGAACCCGGGAGCAAACAACGCUGUUGUCGGUGAUGCAGGAUGAGAGCGAUGCAUGAGGAAUGCAGUGAUCAAGCAUAAUCUCGAAGUAGACUUUGAGAGGAAGGAAGGCCCUCCGCCGCCAACAUGCAGACCGCCUAUGCGCGUAUGGUGUAUGACCGCUACCAGCGGAACCAGCGGGCGGACGGCGGGCGCGCGCGGCGCAGGGCCACUCUCGCUCAUCUGCUGAAGGAUGCGUGUCGCCGCCUCAUAGCCUUCUUGUUCACACAGGUGGGGGUGUGCGGGCUGGUUGUGGCCUACAACAUCAUGGGAGCCUUCGCCUUCCGUGCCAUCGAGGGGGAUUACGGAGAUGCAGCUCCUGAGGAGGCCGCCCUGUUGUUGCGGGAGGAUGCCGUCAAAAGACUGUGGAACAUCACGGCGAGACUCAACAUCUUGGAGCAGACCCAAUGGCGUCAGGAGGUGACGAGAGCGCUGGAGGAUUUCCAGGGCGACGUGGUGCCUCUGGUGAAGGCGAAAGGUUACCGGGGCGUGUUGCCGAGUCAGGCGUGGUCCUUCAGCGCCGCCCUCAUGUACUCCCUCAGUGUCUACACCACCAUAGGCUACGGGAACCUGACGCCGAGAACCGAGUGGGGCAAAAUAGCCACCAUCCUGUACGCCAUCGUGGGCAUGCCGCUGAUGCUGCUCUACAUGUCCAACGUCGGGGAGGUCCUCGCGCACAUCUUCAAGUUUAUUUACUUCAGAGCCUGCAGCUGCGACGCGGGGUCUAUGGGCUACUACCGUAGCGGCAGCGGCAACUUGCGACCAAUACCCGUCACCGCCCGCCGUGUUGAGGAGCCCAAGGAGGGCGGCAAGAAGGGACAAGGGCUGCGCCGCACCGUGCCCAUCACCUACUGCCUGAUGGUGAUCGCUAUCUACGUGGCCUGCGGCGGCGCUAUCUUCUCGCAGUGGGAGCGCUGGUCACUGCUGGACGCCUGCUAUUUCUCAUACAUCUCCCUCAGUACCAUUGGCUUCGGUGAUCUGGUACCGGGACGGACGGUGGCCGGCAAGAACGAGGACGAGGAGGUGGAGUCCCAGCAAAUCAUCGUCACUGUGUAUCUACUUGUGGGCAGCGCUCUGGUCGCCAUGUGCUUUAACCUUAUGCAGGAAGAAACCAUAGAGAACCUUAAGACAUUUUGGAGAAGGCUGGGAUGUCUCAGGAAAAACAGCCACAGUGGAAAUGAAGAAGGUCCGUCUGUGACUGGCGGGUGACAGCGGCAGCCCCACAGAGGACGCUGCCGCCCCCGGUUCACGCUCUCUGUGGCAGGGAAAACACGGAUGCACGUUAGAGUAAUAAACCUUAUGAAAUAUACUUAUUCUGAUACAAAA